AUGGCGCUGGGCUGCUGUGGGAAGACAUUCAGUUGUCUCUUCAUCUUCUUUAAUGUCGUAUUUUCGAUUAUCGGGGUAGUCACACUAGGAAUUGGAAUCUUUAUCAAGGUUCACCCUUCACCAGCACAGUUCCUAAGUCAACUUGAAGUGGAUCAAUAUGAUCAAUAUAUCGACAACAGUGCCUGGAUCUUCAUUGUCUUCGGUGCCCUGGUGUUGCUUGUCUCAUUCUGCGGCUGUGUCGGAGCUUACAAUAAGAGCAAGUGCUUGCUGGGAAUGUACAUCGCCUUCUCAGUCGUCAUCCUCCUCGGAGCACUGGCGGUCUGGAUUUCCACGAUCGUCUUCAUCGUGAAAGUGUACUCCAUUCGGGAAAGCACAGGAUCUGUUACAAAAAUCUUGCAGACCAAGUACAAGGAGGAGGCUGCGGAGUUCACAAAACCCUGGAAUUUUCUUCAGAGUCAGUUACAAUGCUGUGGCGCUUCCAACUUCACAGAUUACCACGUGGUGUUUACCGGCAAGGACCAGGUGUGUAUUAAGACAUUGAGCCAAUGA